ACAUAUAUAAACCUUUCUAACACAGAGCAAAACAAAACAAACAACGGUGCUGCGAGACAUUCCUCCGUUCGGCUCUGAUAUCAACAUAUGUACAGGUGCUAUUUGAUAUACUUUCAUUAACUUAUAGAUUAUAAUUGAUUGAUAAAAAGGAAAAAAAACUCAAAAAUAAAUAAUACUUACAUGAAGCUAUCGGGAUAAAAGUUUCAAUAUGUAAAUAAAUAUACAAGCGCUUCACUAUAAAUAUAACGUAAUGAGAUAUUUAUUUUUUUGGAAAGAUACGGGAUGAAAGAAAGAGAGAAAAUAAAAAUUAAAGAAACAGAGAGAAAAGGAAAAAUAAAUAUGAAAGUCUGAAAUGAAAGAAAAGAGAAGUCGUAAUAACAACAACGACAUCAAUAGCAAAAAUACUGUCGGUAACAAGUGAUAUUGUGAAGGAAAACGGCUCGCCUGCUUGUCUCGCAGCAAACUGUCAUCAGUAUGGGAGAAGUGAAAAAUACACGGCGACUGUAACAACAACAACAACAACAACAACAACAGCAUCAACAAUAACAGAUCGAUAAACGAAAUCGAUAUUACCAACGAGUUAACAGGGUAACUUCUUGCUUAUUACGAUCGCCGAAGUUGUUAGAAGUAACAGCUGAAAAUCUCCCUCAAAAUCACACCCGACACGUCUUAAAUAUAGGAAAAUGCAUUGGAUGAAGUUUUUCUCGUUGGUAUACGGAAGGGCGUGAUGAUCACGGAUGGAACGAACGGCUUGAAUCAUAGGUGUGCUCAAUCAGGGCUGACCUGGGUGUCUACUUCAACAAAAAAAACACUAAUAUAUAACUAUAAAGAUAACAGUAAAAAAUAACUACACAAAAAAUACACAAUAUACGGGGAAGUUAUUAUGCACAGAUAGAAAAAUGAUAUAAAAAAAAUGAUAAAUGAAAAAUAAAAGCUACAAAAAUUCCCUAAAGAAAAACAAAAAUAAUGAUACUGAUGUGUGCCCAGAAAACAGACGGAAGUUAAAAAGAAACAAAGCAAAAAAAAAAAACAAACAAAAAAAGAGGAAAUAAAGAAUAGUGUGAGGGUGAGAAAGAGGAGAAAUUGAAAGGAAGGGAGAAGGGAAAACUAGUUAUAUAUACAAGUGUUGAUAAGUACACGUCUUAAUAUAACUGCUGUCUUCUUUACGUGUUGUGAUGGUCAGAUUUAUUACAGGAAAAUAUUAUAUCCCAAACAUAUGAUGCGAUUAAAACCUUGCUCCAGGGUCAAUAAAUUAAUACCAAUCCAUGGAGGUGGAUUGCAGUGACUAUGACAGCCUCCGAUUGGACGCCUCACGAUGCCGUUCAUACAUACGUUAGUCGUUUAACAAAGUGGAUACCUAAUACUCGCGGGGAUGUAGAACAACAUUACACAGAGACAAGCAUUCAAGUCUCCAUAUUUCCAGGGAGAGUGUGCAUCAAGAUAUGUCUCUUCAGCGCUUGACUGGCACUUGUAUUAUCACUUUCGAAUUGAAGCAAGGGAAUAUCUGCUCCUGUGAGGCUUGAACUCAGUACGUAACUAACUACCAAAAGUUUGAUAUCUAACGCUCUAUCGACUCGGGUAAUUAACGAACCAAGAAGUAAACGAAUGAAAACAGGAACAUUUUUAUCAGAUGCUGCAGUCAUUUGAAUUGCAUUCAAAAGAGAUCACUGCUGAUAACUGACAUCCUUUGAAUAUCAACCACUUACGUUCAUCAUAAAUCUUGUCUACAUCAAUCAUCUGUGAAUUAUGAAACUAUUAUGUAAGGAUUAUAAAUUAUUGUGCAAUUUAUGGCAGAAUGAUUGCUGAAUAUAUAUAAGUCUACAUUUAUAAUGAAUGAGGGAGAUAUAUUUCUUGUUAUGCCAAAAUUGUAGUUCUACAGCUGGCAUCAACAGACGUUUGGUACGAAAUCUGUGAGAAGAAUGUUUUUAGCAGCAUCUUUAUCUGCAUUAAUGGAGAAUGGAUGACCUUCAUGUCAGAGACAAACACCAAACAUCCAAACACAUUUCGUCCAGACCGGCUACUGCAAGUAUCAGUGCUGAUAGCGCGGAGCCCGGUGGCUUUGGGUCAGCGAGCGGAAGUAAAUCAGAAGAAAACAGAAAUUCAAACGGAAAUAUCGAAGGAAGUGAAAAUGUCGGUGAAAACAGUAGUGGUCCCAGCGGACAUAACGGUGGUGCUAAUCGCCAUGUUGAAAAUGUCGUCAAUAUUGUUAGUUGCACACAUGAUGAGGACGAAGAGAUGGGAGAUGAUGACGAUGAUGAUGACGACGAUGAUAACAGCAGUAGUGAUUCUGGUUCUUAUUACGCUACUUCGGUCGAUCAGGCUAAUGACCGGUCACCCAAUAGUGUACGUAACAACCAAGAAGAAAGUGCCGUUGUCAUCGUUAGAGACAGCGAUGGAUCCGACGACGACGACGGACAAAAUAUCGAUGACAAUAAUUCCAAAAACAGAGCUAAAAAGCGAAAUUCGUCUAAAUCCUUUUGCUGUAGUUGUUGUUGUUGUUACCGCAAGAAAAGGAAAAAUAGCAAUAUGGCGAAUGGUAAAGAAGUGGUCGAAAAGAAAAAUACUACUCGUGAAUCACAUCGGAAAACUACAAACAGGGUUGUUAACUGUUGCAAAACUUUCAUUACGUUUUUCUUCUCCAAUAUUGGUCUUUGUUCGUUGGUUAUUGGUUAUUCAAUUCUGGGAGGUUUUAUUUUUCAAAAACUCGAAGCGCCCAAUGAGGAAAAUGAACGAGGAACGGUGACUUUGCACCGGCAACGUCAUGUUAUUCGUUUAUGGAAUUUAACAGAGGAGUUAAACAUAUUGCAUGAAGAGAACUGGUCACGUAUCGCUGACGAAGUGCUUUUGGACUUUCAACAGGAAGUAUUUGUAGCAAUUAAAAAACAAGGCUGGGAUGGAAAAGACGGUACGGCUGAAUUACAAUGGUCCUUUGCUGGCGCUCUACUUUAUUCAGUGACUGUCAUAACCACAAUAGGUUAUGGUCAUAUUGCGCCCAAAACAGCCUAUGGCCGCAUCGUAACGAUAUUCUAUGCGCUUGUUGGCAUUCCUUUAACACUGCUCUGUCUAGCCAACCUUGGCUCAGUAUUUGGCACUGGUUUUCGGUGCUUCUACAAACAUGCCUGUCGCUUCUUGUGCUAUCUCUGCUUCAAGAGUGAUUCACCACAACCUAGGAAACCCAUCCGUUAUCGUCCAAACAAUAGAACAAAUUCGGAAGAAGUCCAGGAACCCUUACGUGGAGACCAAGGUGAUAUAAUCGCACAAGAUUCUGAUAACGGUGACUAUGACGAUAGAAAUAUCAACCAAAAAGCCAAAGAGGGAACACGAGUACCAAUACUCGUUAGCAUUAUGCUAAUAGCUAUUUACAUAUUCGGAGGAGCGAUGCUAUUUACUCUCUGGGAGCAAGACUGGGAUUAUUUAAUUGGAUCCUACUUUUGUUUUAUUACAUUAAGUACCAUCGGAUUUGGGGACUUUGUUCCUGGAACUAGCCAUGAUUCGUGGAAAAAUCAAGAAAAACUUAUACUCUGUGCGUUGUACCUAGUUUUCGGACUGGCGUUAAUAGCUAUGUGUUUUGACCUAAUGCAAGAGGAAGUAAAAGCGAAAUGCUUAUGGCUUGGACAGAGGCUAGGCAUUCUCGAUGCAGAAAAUUGAAGAACUGUUAUUUUUUUUCUGUUAUGUUUCUGUUUUGUUAUACUUUCUCUUCGAGGAAGUUAAAUCAUAUAUACGUCACUAGGAACGAUAUUAAAAUACGGAGGAACGAUCAACACAGUUAUAUAUAAGCCUCUUUCAAUAUAAAUAUAUAUAUCUCUGUCA